UGAUGUUCCCCAAACGCCAAAGCUCAAACGAACCCCCACAAAAGAAAAAAAGAGAAUUAGAAGGAAAAAAAAACCCUUUCGCCGGUUUCUGAUUUAUUUCCGGAGAAAGAAGACGGCUGAAUCGGCGGCCGCGGCGGGAUGGGAGAACUGGAGACCAGUUGCAGCAUCAGCAGCAGUCGAGCUGCGGAAGAAGAGAUGGAACAAGGAGGAAGAGGAGGAGGAUUGUUGGAGAAGCAGAGUAACAGGAGUGGUGGUAAUCAGGAGGAGGCGGAGAAGGAAGUAGGUACCGAGGAGGAGGAGGAUACUCAGAGUGAAAACCAGCAUCGGAAUCAGAUGUCGAAGAGGAGGAGGAAGAAGCAGCAGCAACAGCAGAUGAUGAAUGGCGAGAACUCGAUGAAUGAAGUUGAUGAUGGCGGCGGCGGCGGCGGCGGCGAGUCGAGGAGUAAUAAUGGUUUGAUGGUGAGAUGGGAGAGGCUUCUGCCGAGGAUGGUGUUGAGAGUAUUGCUGGUUGAAUCUGAUGACUCUACGCGGCAGAUUAUUGCCGCCUUGCUCAGGAAAUGCAGUUACAGAGUUGCUGCGGUUUCUGAUGGAUUGAAGGCAUGGAAGUUACUAAAGGAGAGGCCCCAUAACAUAGACCUGCUUCUGACAGAAGUGGACUUGCCUUCAAUAUCAGGAUAUGCUCUCCUCACUCUAAUGACGGAGCAUGAGAUCUGCAAAAACAUUCCUGUUAUAAUGAUGUCGAAGGAGGAUUCGGUCAGCACGGUUUACAAAUGCAUGAUGAGAGGUGCAGCGGACUACCUUGUUAAACCUAUCAGGAGAAACGAACUGAGAAAUUUGUGGCAGCAUGUAUGGAGAAGACAAACUCAACUUUCAAGAGAGAAUUUGCCCCAGGAUGAAAGUGUGGGCCAAGAUAGGGCUGAGGCUACUUCUGAAAAUAAUGUUAACCAUUCAACUGGCGAUGUACCUUGUGUCCAGAAGAACAAGGAUUUCGUCGAGAAAGGGACAGCUGCAUGUGAGGAUGUUGAUGGAAUAAGACUGGACAAUGUCGUUGGAAAUGAAGAUAUGGAUUCCGAGGCUUGUGCUGGUAAUGUUACUGGCGAGGAAAUCGAUUUCAUGGGAGCAGCUCCAAUGCACAUAUCUUCAACGCAUAUGAAAAGCGAGUUUGACACAUAUGGGCGUUUAGAUCUCUCUUUAAGAAGUUCUUUUCGUGGUGGGUUUGAGAUUCAACCUGCAGAAGGAAAAAACAGUCUUGGGCAUUCUAAUGCCUCAUCCUUCACACGUUAUACUGGCAAGCAACUAUACCUCCAACAUUCAGAAUCUGCUACUGUAUCCAACCCAAAGGAACUUGCAGCUGAUUUAGACCGGAACUGUUCGGGAAUUACUGAUACCGAUGGUCCAUCACCUGGGAGGAGCAUCUCUCCACCAGAUGUUCAAGUCACAGAACCUGCAACCGAAAAUGCAAUUCAUCAGCAGAAUGUACUUCGAACCCAAGAUCUAGUAUGUGGGAUGAGGAAACAUGACAUAAAGGACCAUAGCUUUAGUUCCAUGUUUCCUCCCUUUCAACGUGAACAGUCAGUUGAUGAUGCAUCACCACCACAGAGUCCAUGCUCACCCAACCGCCUAGAAACUCCUGUUAAGUCGAGUCAGGCUAGUGACUCGACCAAUGAAACCCCGCAAAAUCAGGACAAGAGGUCGGGGUCUUCAGAGGAAGAUCAGGGCCAUACUGCUAAGCCUGACCAGAGUUCAAGCAGCAGUUUGUGCGAUGGUGGUGGUGGUGCAAGCCAUACCAACAGCAUGGGCGGCUACGGAAGCACUUGUGGAAGUAAUAGUGAUGUGGACCAAGGUGCCAUGAUCAAGGCUGAAACAGAGGGCAACAACAAUGAAGGAGGAGGAGCAGGUUCCUUCACACAUGUCAAAAGCUCUACUCGAUCGGUCCAAAGAGAAGCUGCUCUGGCCAAAUUCCGGCUGAAGCGUAAAGAAAGGUGCUUUGAUAAAAAGGUUCGAUAUGAGAGUAGGAAAAUGCUUGCUGAGCAGCGCCCGAGGGUGAAAGGGCAGUUUGUACGCCGAGUCCCAACCGCGCCCCCUCGUUUAGAAGUCGAGCAAUAAUAUAAACUCGUCAACGUGGUACAGGAUGCAUUUAGCUGUUUGAUUUGGUUUUGAUCUACCUACAGAUUCUUAUUAGGCGGAUUUGGCUAGUUGUGGAAACAAGAACCUCCUUAGGUAGAUGUCAAUGGUGUAACAUUCUUACCAAAGAAACCAUAAAAUAUGGUACACAUUUAGACAUACAUCCUCAACCAGCCUUUCCUUUCAGCAUGAGGCUGGUUUGUUGUAGAUGGGUUCUUUAUUUUCUUUUAGGAUAGAGCGGCUUGUAUGUUGUAAUUCAUCAUUGAAAAAAAUAUGCUCAAACCUUUCUGCAGAUUUUGGUCAUUAGAGUAGGGCUUGUGGCUAGUUUGUAGUUUGUUGUUUAUUUUUUUCACUCUUGAACAAAGCUUGAUUUCUGCCAGAUUAUUGUAAACUUUUGGUGUAUAAACCUUGUAAUGUAUGAAUUAUAGAGAUUUGUUUUGCUACUUCUUCUAAAAGCAACAUUUCUUUUGUGAUGCGCGCGGAGCUUCUAAGAGAGGCUGAACGAAUUUGUGGUCCUUGAGAGCUAGCUCAUGGUGUCGGCGAUCUUGAGGAGAGUUGAAGACGAUGGUGGGAAGAGCUGGUUCUGGCCUCUGGGAACGAAGGUGGAUGGGAGAAGAUUGGGGAUUGGAAUGGGAUUGAGGACGAUGGUGGCUUUUUAAUUUGGUUAUUAUUGGCGGAUAGGAAACUACAAAAU